UUAUACGUCUUCGAUACCAUUGGUGAUACUGUCUCAGUUGGCCGCGAUAAGAAGAAAUGCGGCAUAGUUCUUCCUAUCAACGCCCAAGGUGUUUCUAGAGUGCACGGCUCGCUCAAGUGGAUCAAUGAGAAUGAGCUCAGCUUCUUUGAUUCGAGUACUUACGGAACCUCAGUAAAUGGAACGCUUGUAAAAGACAGAUCGGAGAUCGUCCGAGAUGGAGAUCAUAUUUUCGUGGGAGACGUUGAACUGACUGUUUCCUUCCCAUCGAAGCACCUGAGCUUGCAUUCAACCUCUAGCGAUGAUGUCAUAUCGUCUAAGCAGGGUGCAGCUGUCAAAAGGAAAAGUGUAGCUGACAAAAGUGAUGGAUCACAAAGGGAAAGUAAACGAUCAAAGCUGAAUGCUAAUGUGAGGUCGGCUCCUCGACAGUCUCAGAUAUCCUCGUUUCUUGUGAAAAAGCCACUCGUGAUUGAAGAAGAAGAGGACAACGACUGUGCUGUACUAGCUGAGGAUACGCCACUCAGUCAAACUGUCGAUUCUGUAAGGAGCACUACGCGGAAUAUGGUUUCCUUCGUGAAAGAUUCGGUUGGAUUGUCUAGUGGAUUGGCAUCCGCUCGUUUUACCCAGAAGCCAGAUAAUACGACUUCAUCAAGUAUUCAAAUGUCGUCGAGAAGCACCGCACGCCGAAAAAAGGAUAUCGUGUUGGCUGAGGAUACGCAACCAGAAACGGCUGUGUUGAAGCUGUCUCAGAAGCGUUCAGUGAGAAAUGCUAGCCGGAUAGCGAACAACGUGACAACCUGCAUUCCUGACACUUGCGACCAAAAUGCACCACUGGACAACUCGCAGAACCGUAGGACGUCGGCAGAUCUGGCCCGUGACGACACUGCGGCCACGGUGUGUACAUCAACGUUUGCACCAAAGGCUCCCCUAUCCGCUGUGCAAACUCGCCAAUUAUCUGAAACGCCGUCAGUAACUCAAAUAACUUCAAAGCCUGCGAAAGCCAGGGGAACCAGCAUUGUCGGUUCAAACCCCGUCAAAGAACCACAGCGCCCUGUUGAAAUUGUUGAUGGCUUCUCUGAUGAUGAGCUGGCAGAGUUGAUAGCGGAUCCUCCUGUGGAAGCAGUGACGCAAAGUGGAUCAAGAUCUAGCCAGAAAACAGCAUCUGUCAUUAAAGCCGGUACACUUUACUCAUCUUCCGUAUUGAGCAAGCCUUCUAAACGAAUAGCUGCAAAGAAAACGAGCAUUUUUGAUGCAGUCCCCUCCAAGAAGAAACCUGUGGAGGCUAUGGACAGCGUUUCUGACGAGGCUGAC